AUGGUAGACGUUUUACAAUGCGACUUUCAGAUCGUUGUUCCUGAAGAUGAGCGACGAAAUAGCACAAGGUUAUACAACAAGAGGGUCAUAGCUGACUUGUAUGACUACAUGAAUGAUAUCGAUUGGGUGGCAUACUUCCAACAAAUCGCUCCAUCAGAAAUGAUCAAAAUGUUCAACAAUGACACUGAAAUUAUAGUCGCUGAGAUUGAGUUCCUUCAGAAAGGUCAACUUUAUAUCAAAUUUCAGGCAUCGGAACUCAUUAAGAAUACCGAUAGUGAGAUACUCGUGAACUACAUCAUCUGGCGAGUUGUGCAAGCGAGCGUGCGACUUCUCGACGAACGAUUUGAGAAUAUAAAACAGGACUUUUCGCGGGUGAUGACCGGUCAACAACAAAGAUCGCCAAGAUGGAAGGACUGCGCUCAAGUGCCCAGCUCGGUGUUACCGCUCGCAGCUGGUGCAGUCUAUGUUCAGGCUCAUUUCAACUCCGAAGACAAAAGAGAAGCAUUGGAGAUGAUCGGCAAACUACGCGAAUCGUUUGCGGAUUUAGUCACUCACAAUGAUUGGAUGGAUGAAUCCACGAAAAACACGGCCAUAGAAAAGGUGAAAAACAUGAAAUGA